AAUUUAAUUCAUCAGAUGGCAUUUUAUGGAUCACAAUAUCAAUGUCAUUAAGAGGCCAGCUCAAAGUCCACAUCUUAACCCCAUAGAGAACCUAUGGGACUUAGUUGAUACAAAAAUUCGGACUGAACAUCCAGAAAAGUUAAAAAAUAGUGCCGAACUAUUUGAAACAAUCGAAGUCGCCUGGAAUUCUAUAGAUAUAGAUAGCCUAAUUGGUUCUAUGAGAAAAAGAUGUCUAGCAGUUAUCAAAAAUAAAGGUUAUGCAACCAAGUAUUAGCUUCUUUGUAUACGAC